AUGACCUUGGAUAGCCGAGUGCCUCCGUUUAGCGAAUUCCUCGUCUUCAUCAUCGUCUCCGCGAUCCUCGCCAUCUUCUUCCUGCUGUACUUCAACCGACUGUUCGGCUCCAUCGUCUCCUACGGCAUCAGGACCUGGACCUGGCAUCGAUACCGCAUAUACCUCGACAUACAGGCGCUCCAGGUCUCACUGCUAGCCGGACGCAUCUUCUUCACGGGCUUGCGAUAUCACGGCUCCAACGAAACCUUUCUGGUGCAGCACGGAGACAUCACCUGGCGAUACUGGCUGCGCCGCGUGCGAGAGGUCACCAUAUCUGCCUCCAAUGGAAAUAAGGAAAGCAUAGUGUCAGAAAAGGUGUCAUCCCCGACCCUACCAUGCCGCAUCAAUGUGAACCUUGUCGGCGUGGAGUGGUUUGUCUACAACCGCAGCCCGGCAUACGACUCGGUUCUUGCCGGUAUCAUCAACCCAACCUCGUCCGGCUCGAGCUCAAGCACAGGGACCUUUGACGAGAAAGGAGACGCAGGGCUACGAUCGCGAAACGCAAACCGCGACGACUUUUCCGAACGACAGCCGAAAUCCGGAGAAAAGGGCAACAAACCGCUGAAUGGAAACGGGAGGUCGGACUUGGGAAGCCGACCCAGUACGGGUUCCAGCAGCAGCAGCAGCAGUAGCGAGGAGAGCGACCAUGAUGAAGUUCUUGAACUGCCCUUCAUGCUGAAGCUUUUUCCCAUUCAGAUCGAAUGCCAAAAGGCUGCGGCAGUGAUUGGGAAUGACAACACAAAGGCAAUUCUUAUUGUGAAAGCCGAUUCAUUGUCUGGAGACGUUGAUGCCACCGAGACAACGACGGUGGAUCAAUACAGACAGGUAUUCAAGAUUGAGCUGGAACAUCCCGUCGUGGAGAUGCUGGACAACCUGGACUAUAAAGAAGAUCAGGCGACGCGUGCCAAACGGGAGCGGGAGAGCGUUGCCCAUGAGGCGCAUCAUGCCCCCAGAAAGUCAUUCUUUCGUCAGCAGAGGCGUAAGGCGCUCAGCUCCCUGCGAAACCUGGUGCCGUACUGGCGAAGAUCUGUCGAGUCUUUCUCGAGCGAUGCCCGGACUGUAAGGGGCGCUGUGUCAGCACAUGCCCCCGGCGUCAUCCAAUGGCAAGGCUUAUCACGAUAUCUCGACGAUCAGGACAUUGAUGACAAGACUCGUUGGGCACCGGUUGAGUAUGCUGCCGUUUCAACCAUCCUUGACAGCCCUGCCUGCCAGUUGACUGUGUACUGGGAUGCCGUCGGCAAGGUGACCGAGGAUGCCCAUCGCCAGAGGCAAAUGGACCCUUCUCUGAAUAUCAAUGGAUCGGAGCCGCCAGCGUGGGGAGUCCAGAUCUCGGUGAAAGGGGGGACGAUGAACUACGGACCAUGGGCCGAUCGGCAAAGGGCCGACCUGCAGCGCGUUUUCGUGCCCUCACUCUGCAAAGAUGGCACUGCCGCGGGGCCGCUUCCCGUUGGCGCAUGGAGAGUGCCUACGCAGUUUGACCUGCUGGUGGAGCUCGAUGACACAGUCACGCUGCGCAUUCCCAUACGGGAAGAGUCUAAGAACUGGCGUUGGCGUGGUAAAGAGCGGCUCGUCAAGCAGGAAACGGCACGCAAUACGCGCAAGCAGCGGAACAGAGGCAAAAAGAACUCCAAAAGCGAAGCUGUCCAGGCCCGCCCCGCCGGCUGGCUCGAGUUCAAGGUCCCCCAGAACUCGACAGUCCGAUAUUGCAUGGACAUGGUCGCGAGCUCAACUGGCUUCAAGACCAAGCUGAAUGUUCAUUUGCCGACUACUGAGCUGUGGAGUAGUGUCAACCAUGACUUGCUCUGGCGAUCCGGCCCUCAGCGAAUCUCAUGCGAUCUGUCAACCCCCCUCUCGUGGAACACGCUGCGUAACUGGCAUUUCAACGUGGCUUGUGACGGCAUGGACAUGUAUCUGCUGAGGGAUCACAUCUUUCUGAUUGUUGACUUGGUCGACGAUUGGGGAGUAGGGCCGCCCCCUGAGUAUCUCGUCUUUACCCCUUUCCUCUACCACCUCCAUCUUAGCUUGCAAAAUGUCAAGAUAUAUCUCAAUGUUAACGAUGAGAACAUUAUUGACAAGGCAACGGCCAUGGAUGACAAUACAUAUCUGAUUCUUGCCAGCCCUGAGCUGAAAGCGGAGACUUGCAUACCCCUUGACAAGUUUCGGCCCAGCAGAAACAGUAUUCCUUUCGACAUUCGAGCAGACACCCUUGACUUGGCACUUCAUGCCUCCCAGUCCAACACGCAUGCGAGCUUUGUCAAGUCCACGGAUCUGGGUCAUAUUGAGGGCUUGGGGGUUGUCGGAAGCUAUCAGUACAAUGCUACGACGUCGCCCGCCAACACGGAUACUUUGGUUCUAGAUGUCCAUGCCCAGUCACCUUGCAUCUACCUCUACGGAUUCCUGGUUCGAUAUUUCAUGGUCCUCAAGGACAAUUACUUUGGCGAACACGUGCAUUUCAAGACUCAGGACGAAUAUCAGGAGCAACUGCAGGCCAAGAUGCAGAACCCAGAUGCCGAGCUGCCGGCUGUUCGCCCGCCUCCCAAGAAGUCUAACGACCUCGAUGUCAUGUUGGCCAUCAAGUUGGACGAUCCUCGCCUCUUGGUACCAACAAACAUCUACUCAGCCAAGCGCUAUUUGCAGGGCGAGCUGGCCUCUCUAGCUCUGGACCUGCGUUUCACAAACUACUACAUGGACAUGGAGCUUGAUCUCAGCCCCUUGAGUCUGUCCCAGGGCAGCUCAGAUAGCAACCUGGACUCGGCGAGCGUUUCCACCUCUGAUACGCAGCUGUUCAUCGAUGGCAUCCGCGUCUUUGGUCACCGCACCUUUGGCCUGCCACCAGCCGAGCCGACAUACCUGUGCAACUGGGAUGUCUCUGUCGGCGCAGUUGCUGGAGAAUGCACAACUGACUUUCUGGCCUCUUUGUCCAAAGCAGCGCCGGCCUUCGGCUUCACUUUUGACGAUGUGGAAAACGCCCUGGUCCCGUAUUCCUCUCUGGUCUUCUACGAUGUCACGUUUGUACGACUUGCUGUUCAGUCAGUCCGUCUCUGGAUACACGUGGAAGAGAGCGUCUUCUGCUUCUCUACCGAUGCCAUCAACGUCAACAGCAACGACUGGGCCCGAUCGCACUACUCUAAGCGUGCGAACAUACUCAUACCGAAUGUCCAAUUCUCGUGCGUCAACGCCGAAUCGGCAGCGAGGCACAAGUCACGCCCCCAGCACCCCGUCGAGACUCAGGCAUAUCUGAAGACGGACGUUCGGCUCGCCUCUGUUGGGAGAAAAUACAAAUUUUCGGAAGAACGCAAACUACAGCAAGACCUGAUUCGCCGCGAGGAUCAGCGUACAGACCGGACGCCGUUCCUUAUCCUUCCCGGAACAGGCGGCGAUUUCAUUCCUGAGCAGGUCGAUCCUCCUGCUCAGUGCAUGCCCCCACCCCCCCUUCCCCUCGUCGAUGCCGACUACGACAAGCUAUCGGCGCCGAGUAUGAUGAGCUCUCGCUCACGGAGGGUCACUCGUCAAAACUCAUUCCUCUCCUUCUCUAGCUCUUCAAGCAGUAGCAAUGUCCGUCCGCUGAACGGCCGUCGCCUCAAGCCUAGGCCAUCGAGGCUCGGAGACAGUUUGUCGAUACGGUCCGCAGCUAUGAGGGGUUCCCGCUCCGGAAACGACAGGGGGCUUUCUGCUUCUCCUGGGAGACGGUCCUCCUUCUACAGCACUGUCGGUGACUUCUCAGCACAAGAGAACCCCGAGCAGUCGCCUAUUGCCUUUUCAAGCCAGUAUUUUACUCCAAACUUCCCUCUAGAGGGCGUCAGGCCGGACUCUCGAGACGCCACCUUCCCGCCUAUUGAAGACGAGGAUUUCGAGUUCUUCAACCGACUGAAAAAGGACUUGAACGAUAUCGAUCCGGCCGAUCUCAGUGAAGACCAUGCUCAGUCUAGUACCAUUAUCGAAUUCCCGUCUGGAAUAAGUGCGUUUGUCACUCCUGAAGCUAUUCGCCAUGCGACCAUCUUGCUGGCCGCUUUGCAGCCAUCUGAGCCUGAGGAUGUGCUAGACUCUCUCCAGUCCAGCACUAUUACCGACAUAUUCAAGUCGAGAAAGGAGGCACACAUUCACGGAGAAAUGUCUGAAAUCAUGGUCAAGGCACCCAGAAUCAACGUUCGGUUUCUAAACUCAUCCACGCUGGAUUCGCCCGAUCCAGCGGAAGAAGAGCUGGACCAAUAUGACCUGACGAUCUCAAAAGUUUCUCUGAUGACACGAACCACACAAGAGCAGGGCGUCGCCGACUCCAGGACAUCCAUGGACCUCCGUCUGGGCUCUAUUGAAUUGUCCGCCUCAGAGCGUCUUUCAUCUAUGCAGAAACCCCAAGCAGCCGUGAUGCUACAGAUUGAUGCUGUCCGAGUCUCGUUGGGAGCCAAGGAAAUAACAUACUUUGAUGCCGACAUUGGCUCCGUCGUUGGCAGCACUGCAUCCGGCAAGAUUGAAUAUCUGGCUUCCCUGAUACACCGCACGGGAAAUGUUGCUGCAGAGCUGGGACGGCUGCUGACAGAAGUCAGCGAGCAUCAUUCCACCUGCGUACGAUACUUUGUCCUGCGCCUCUUACAGGUGGGAGAGGCCACAAACGACCCUUCUUUCCUCAUACGCCCUUCGGCUGUUUUACGAUCUGCGAAGCAGCACUUGAGAACGACUGAUUCCUGGAAAAUGAUCACGCGGCUGCGCCAGAUCUGGGAUACCAAGAAUGAGCUGGAGAAGUCCCGCCUUGUACAAGAGUGCUGGGGUCAAUCUUCGACUCUUCCACCGGAUACAGUUCAGCGUGUAGUGAGCUCUUUCGAGAAAUGGAGAAACUGGGACCUGGGCAAUGUCUCUGGCGCUCUUCUGUUGAAGAAGAUAUUCGGCGAUGUACAAACUGAUGACCAACCGGAUGAAGAAUUAUAUCCUCUGCUUGGCGCCUGCAAGCUUGGAACGAUCUGCCUCGUGCUUGAUCCGGGGCCGAAGCAAAACAAGAUUGGCCUGGAGGAUCUCACUGCGCGAGUUGAGAGAAAAGUGGCCGACCCUGCUACUACCGUUCUGGGCACCAUUCCUGUUACCGUGUUGAACAUUUGCUGUGGCGAGGCUGGUGUCAAUCUGAACUGGGAGCUUUGUGUCCUUGCCGACGACAUCUUGCGGCUGUACAACAAAAACCAGAGCCAGGGUCCUACUGUUCCCCUCCCUGUACAGAAGCCACUUCUACAGGUUGCAAAAGCAGCGAAGAAGAAAUCGUCUGCAUAUCACCUGGCUCUUGAGCUGAUCAAGGGAUCCAUCGAGCUCGAGACGGUCAAUCUGAGCGCCAAGACGUUGGGCGAUGGACUCAAAGCGUCCCUACUCACCUUUGAUACGGCGGAUGGCGCAACUCUCACUAGCCUGAUGAUCAACUGCGAUGCCGUCACCUCGAUGCUGCAUAGCCAUUCUCACCAGCUUGGCAUGUCACAGUUCCGGAGACCAAGCUUGUGUGUGUCUCACGAGUUGCGAUCAGUUGAUGAAGCGCCUGCGCACAAGAUCAAGGCGACGGCUAGCAGCCAGAGCCUGACUCUUGCCGUGAAGCAGGACCCCAUUGGUCUCAUGGAAGUUCUCGACCUUCUCUUCAGAGACGAAAUUGCCCAAAUUUACCGCUUGAAGACUCAAUUUCCAGAAUCACCAAAGCCGCAAACAACACCAGAGGCUGAGACGGGCAACCGUCCCUCCAGUUUCAAGAUCAACAUCGCCACGUUCCUAGAUGCUUACGAGAUUAGGCUACCUUUGAUACCGACUCUCACGUAUCAAAUCUCGGGCGUCGUGGCGCGAGCAGCGUGUGCGGCCAACUCUUCGAAAGAGCUCAUCUUUGACUUUGACAUCAAAGAGAACUCUCAUGAGAUGCAGAUCAACGUCAAGAACGAGUCUCGAACUAUAUCCUUGUUGCAGAUACCACCUACCAACGGACGGGUCACGCUGAGCCAAGGGCACAAGGCCGAACGUAUCCUGAACGUGCUGUGCUCCGUCGAAGUCAUGCGCCUCGAUGCAUCAGCGAUAUACAAUCUCCUCACAGCGCUGAACCGACCGCAGAUAUCAAGUGCCAUUGACGAGGUACAACAGCAGUCCAAGGCCAUACAGGAGCACAUAGAGGACAUCUUUGGAGCCAGCGAGGACAAGCAAGUUGAGGAGAAACCGGGCUCGAAUCUCGUGUAUGCGGUGCAUCUUACUCUGGCAGGGCUGCAGGUUGCUGCCCGGACGUCGUUGAAGUCUGAUACGGAGGCAACUGCGCACGUCCUCUUCUCCAUGGACAAAGCAUAUUUGAGAGCGUCCAAUCGUCAUGAGGUUGACGGCCCUGUCCUCAAGUACCCAGAGAUGCACUUGAACCUCAGACACGUUGGGUUCGACAUUGAAAAGGGAACAGAGGGCAACAUGAGGUCGUGCGGCAACUUUGGCGCGAGCUUCACAGUGUCCGCCAGCUCAAACCCUGGGGAGGGCGGCAAUGACGAGUGGUCGUUCAAUUUCAGAAGCGACGACUUGGACGUGAGCCUGUGUCCGGAAACGACCUCGACGGCUGUUGAUGUGCUGGGCUACCUCGGAACAAAGAUCAAGGACCUAGACACUUCGCGCGAACUGGAAUAUCUGAGAAAGCUUCGACAACCGAAGCCGCGUAUCUCCAUCAACGAUGACGAGGUACUGCCAGAGUAUCCGGAUAUUCUUGAAUCCAUCCUGGGAUCGGUCGUGUAUCGCUUCGAAUUGCGCAACAUCCGUGCUUCGUGGAAUGUUGCAGAUGAAAGUGGUCACCAGGAGAGCGAUGAAGAAGAUUUGGUGCUCUCAGUCAGGCUCAUCGAAUUCGGCACGAGGACCAAGCGAUCCGCGCGACUGGCCAUCGAAGACUUCCAGCUCCAGACCGUGCCUCCGGGCCAGGACAGGAGCAUCCGAUCUCUACACUCGGCGCUUCUCCCACAAGUCAUUUUCAACAUUGCCUACUUCUCUACGCAAGAUGCUCGUCGUCUGGCAUUCCAAGCCGUGGGCGCGUCGUUGGAUUUGAGACUGACCUCGGCCUUUAUCGUCCCUGCGGCAAACUUGGUGGAGUCGAUUUCCCUGUCAGCGAAGAACGUGCGGCGAGCAUCAGUGCAAUGGAAUACCGAGGGCGCGCAAGACAACAGUAACGGCAAGAAGCAGCCUGCGAGCGCGCCGAGGACGGAGAGCUCACGGAGUGUCUUCGGCAACAAGCGACUGGAGAGCUUGCUCAUGGACGCGGAUUUCGCAGGCGCGGUUGUCUAUGUAUCAAGCGCCAAAUCUGCGGCUCAUGGGUCUGCUCGACUACGCAACGACCGCCCAUCCCUGGCAGGGAAAUAUGGCCAAUUCAGUACAGAUGACUCGGGAAGCGGCGCGGUACUGCGCAGUCCUGGGCUCGCAUGGAAGGCAGAGUAUUGCGACAAUGGCCGGGACAACCCUGCUUUGUCUGGCGAGAUCAAGGUUGAUGCUUCGAGCAACAUUCUUUAUCCGUCAGUUGUCCCUCUCAUUAUGGAUAUCGUGUCGAGCGUCAAGGAAGUCGUGAGCAAAGACAAGGACAGCGAACCAGCUCCGAAACCCGAGCCGCCCAAGAUGAAGGCCGAAAAGUCUGGAGAUGAGGAUAACAUUCUCACUGCGGACCCAAGCGUGAUGCUGGGUCGCGUCAAGCUCAAUCUGGGUCUGCGCAUCUGCAGACAGGAGUUUUCGUUGAGCUGCCAGCCCAUAGCUCGGGUUGCCGCAACGACGAGCUUUCAAGACGUUUACUUUACGCUCAACACGGUCUCGUCGCAAGAGCACGGAAAUUUCUUUGCCAUAUCCGGGGUUCUUAACAAGCCCCAAGCCUCGGUACAGCACGUGUACUCGAGGGAAUCUACUGCUAGCUUCGAAGUCGACACCGUCACCCUUUCGUUCAUGAACAGCAAGCACGUCAGCGGGACCAGCGGAGUGUCGGCCAUCCUGAGCGUAAGCCCCAUGAAGAUUGCGGUCAAUGCGAAACAGGUGCAAGAUUUUCUGCUGUUCCGCGAAAUCUGGUAUCCCAAGGACCUGAGCAAAGCAGACUCUACGACACCGUUGCCGAAGCUGGCCACGGAGACAUCGCAAGGCCACCUGGUCCAGAGGUACCAGCAGGUGGCCGCGACAGCAGCGUUCCCAUGGACGGCCACGAUAUCCAUCUCGGCUCUCGAUGUCAGCGUCGACAUGGGACAGGCGAUUGGCAAAUCAGUCUUCCAAAUCAACAAGUUCUGGGUGUCAUCCAAGAAGACGUCAGACUGGGAGCAGAACCUCUGUCUUGGGUUUGAGAUGAUUGGUAUUGACUGCACCGGCCGCUUGAGUGGGUUCGUCGCCCUGCGGCACUUCAAACUGCGCACCUCGAUCCAAUGGCCGAAGCGGGAGGAAGCACUCAACGAGACGCCCCUUGUACAAGCGUCCAUUGCCUUCAAAGAGCUACGCAUCAAGGCUGCGUUUGACUACCAAGCCUUUUUGAUUGCGGACAUUACCUCGCUAGAGUUUCUCAUGUACAACGUGAGAGACGGCAGCAAGGGCCGAGGAGACCGCUUGGUGGCAGAGUUCGUCGGCGAUGCUGUUCAAGUGUUUGGCACGGCGACAUCAGCUGCCCAGGCCGUAUCGCUCUACCAAGCUCUACAGAAAUUGAUGCAGGAGCGGAGGGAGAACUUUGAACUGUCGCUGAAGGAGAUUGAGAAGUUUAUGAGACGGAAAUCCACGGCGCCACGACUCUCAGUUUCGGCAGCAACGAGGACUCCCAAGCUGCCAGAGGACGACACGAUGUCCAAGUCGCCGAUCUCGCUCGAUACGGACGUGGUCGUGACGCUGCGAGCACUCAACCUGGGCGUGUUCCCCAACACGUUUUACGACCACCAGGUGUUCAAGAUGGAGGCGCUGAACGCGUACGCGCGGUUUGCGGCCAGCAUAGAGGACCGACGGAUUCACAGCAUGCUGCGGAUGACGCUGGGACAGCUCCGGAUCGGACUGGCAGGAGUCAGGAACAUUGAAGCCCCGAAGACGCUCAGCGAGAUGUCUGUGGAAGACGUGGUGCAGCGGGCCACGGGGUCACGGGGCGGUACGAUCCUCAAGGUGCCGCAGGUCGAAGCCGUGAUGCAGACGUGGCAGGCGCCCAACAGCAACCACAUUGACUACCUGUUCAAGAGCGCGUUCGAGGGCAAGGUGGAGGUGGGAUGGAACUACUCGCGCAUCAGCUACAUCCGGGGCAUGUGGGCGAAGCACAACAAGUCGCUGGAGGAGACGUGGGGCCGGCAGCUGCCGCUGACGGCGGUCAAGAUCACGGGGGUGCCCGAGGCGGAGGAGGGCCGGCGGGAGGGCGGCGAGCAGCAGAAGAUCACGGCCGAGGUGAACGUGCCGCAGUCCAAGUACGAGUACCUGGCGCUGGAGCCGCCGAUUAUCGAGACGCCGCAGCUGCGCGACAUGGGCGAGGCGACGCCGCCGCUGGAGUGGAUCGGGCUGCACAGGGACAGGCUGCCGAACCUGACGCACCAGAUUGUGAUUGUGUCGCUGCUGGAGCUGGCGGGCGAGGUGGAGGAUGCGUAUUCGCGCAUCUUGGGGUCGUCAUGA